GUGGUCAGACUGAUCUAAAGGAAUGUCCAGCGCUAUUGUGGAAGAAGGCCAUGCAGAAGUAGUAGUGGCUGCUGAUUCAGAACACCAGCUAGAAGGAAACAAUCCUUCACUUGGAAUGACCGACGUAGCUGCCAAGGCUCCAGCCCGCCAAGACUCCGCGAAAUGGUCGUUCAUCUUUAAUCUAGCAUUUCAAAGCAUUGGCAUCAUUUACGGGGAUAUUGGUACAUCGCCACUCUACGUCUUUUCCAGCACCUUCACUAAUGGUAUAAAUCACAGAGAUGACAUAUUGGGGGUUCUUUCUUUGAUCUUGUAUACCCUCACCCUCAUUCCUCUGGUUAAGUACGUUUUCAUUGUCCUACGAGCCACCGAUAAUGGCGAAGGAGGAACGUUUGCAAUGUACUCGUUGAUAUGCCGGUAUGCAAAAGUGAGUUUGAUCCCAAGUCAACAAGCUGAGGAUCGUGAAGUAUCCAAUUUCAAACUGGAACUGCCUGGCAAGCGCCUGAAACUAGCAUCAGGACUCAAGUCUGUCUUAGAGAACAGUCAAUUUGCCAAAAUUUUCCUACUAAUCAUGACCAUGCUUGGUACUUCUAUGGUCAUUGGAGAUAGUGUCUUUACUCCCUGCAUCUCAGUUUUAUCUGCCGUGGGAGGUAUCAAGCAGGCUACAUCGGCCAUAACUGAAGAUAUGAUUGUUGGGAUAUCAAUAGCCAUAUUGAUCUGCCUCUUCAUGUUUCAAAGAUUUGGAACUGGCAAAGUGGGCUACAGCUUUGCUCCCAUACUUUGCAUUUGGUUUGCACUCAUCAGUGGAAUUGGUGUCUACAACAUCAUAAAACAUGAUCCAACAGUAGUGAAAGCCAUAAAUCCAAAGUACAUUGUAAAUUACUUCAUGAGGAAUAAAAAGGACGCAUGGAUUUCCCUCGGUGGAGUUGUUCUUUGCACAACAGGAGCGGAAGCACUGUUUGCCGAUGUUGGUCAUUUCUCAGUUCUGUCCAUUCGAAUUAGCAUGUGUUCCGUGACCUUCCCGGCUUUGAUAUUGGCAUAUACAGGACAAGCCGCUUUCCUUCGCAAACAUCAAAAUUCGGUUUCUGAUGCAUUUUAUGCAUCCCUACCAGGCCGUUUACAUUGGCCAAUGUUUGGGGUGUCCAUAUUAGCUUCAGUUAUCGCAAGUCAAGCAAUGAUUUCAGGAACGUUCUCUAUAAUCCAUCAAUCACUCUCCCUAGGGUGUUUCCCUCGCGUCAAAGUUGUGCAUACCUCUGCAAAUCAUGAAGGACAAGUUUACAUCCCCGAAGUCAAUUACUUGUUGAUGCUGGCUUGUGUCUGUGUCACCGCUGGUUUCAAGACCACUGAAAAGAUUGGUAAUGCAUAUGGAGUUGCGGUAGUGUUUGUAAUGACACUUACAUCAUCCUUGCUGGUUCUCAUCAUGAUCAUGAUAUGGAAAACUAAUAUAUUUUUGGUAAUUUCCUACAUUCUUAUCAUUGGAUCUGUGGAGCUACUCUAUCUGACUUCAGUUCUCCAUAAAUUUAUCUUCGGAGGGUAUUUGCCGCUGGCCUUUUCAGCAGUUCUAAUGACAAUAAUGUAUAUCUGGAAUGAUGUAUACCGAAGAAAGUACCUUUACGAGCUUGAACACAAGAUUUCCCCUGCAAGAUUAAAGGAGAUAUCUACCAACAAAAACUUGUGUAGAAUUCCUGGAAUUGCAUUGUUUUACUCGGAGCUCGUUCAAGGCAUCCCACCCAUCUUCGAGCAUUAUGUGUCAAAUGUACCAGCAUUGCAUUCCAUUCUUGUUUUUGUCUCCAUCAAAUCACUACCAAUUAACAAAGUUCCAGACGAAGAAAGAUUCUUUUUUCGAAGAGUGGAACCAAGGGAGCUUUUAGUCUAUCAAUGUGUUGUUAGAUAUGGUUACAAAGAAGUGAAAAUGUCAUUUGAGGAGAUACUAGUUAGAAAAUUGAAAGAGUUCCAAGAAGAAACCUUUAUGAACUGUCAAAUACAAGUUGCAAAUGAAAACACGGCUGAAAAGGAUGCAGAAUUUGAUGGGGGAUUAGUUCACAGAAGUGACGAACAUGAUGAUGAGAUGGCGAAGCAAUUUGAAGAGAAGCUUCAGGAGAUCAUAGUGCAGCAAGAAAUUGAAGUGGACAAAGCAUGGGAAGCAGGUGGUAUUGUUCACUUCGUUGGUGAGAGUGAGGUAAUUGCAAGCAAAGAAGCCAGUAUGAUGAAGAGGAUUUUGAUUGAUUAUGCUUAUAAUUUCUUGAAGAAAAAUCUGAGGCAAAGUCAAGAGGUGUUUGAUAUUCCUCACAAGCGCAUGCUUAAAGUUGGUAUGACUUACCAACUUUAGAACAUCUGCAAGU